AUGUUAGAUUUACAGAAUGAAAGUGAGAUGUUGGAGGCACAAAUGCAGAGAGAAGAAGCUAUGAUGAGUGUUAGUAUUUGCGAACAGGUUAUUCAGGAGGAAAGAGAGCAAGAGUUAGGUGACAUUAAAGAAAUUAAUGAGAAUAACGGGCAGGGACGUCUCGACAAUGCACCCACUAGAAGUGUCCAAGGGGAAGAAAGGGUGACUUUGCUCAAAGUGGAUAUUGAUGACAAACAUUCUUUGAUAAACCAAAGUGAACUUGUAGAGAGAGGCACAGAAUUUCUAAGUUCAGAUCAACCAGGUGGACUUGCAAAUACCCCAGUGCCCAAAUUAAUAACCCAUGUCAAUUCUAGUAAUCCUAUGCCAGAAUUUCAAGGAAUAAAUUCUGGGUCUGCGGGGCAGACAACUACUGUGCCAAGCUCUGUGUUUCCUCUGAGACCAAGUACAUCUGUAGUCCCACCCAGACCGGAACCAACAGUUCUCCCCGCGAAUACAUAUUCAUUGCCCUGGACUUUAACCCAUCCGGUAUUGUCCUAUCAACAACCAUCAUACAAUCCUCAGACAUGGGAUACUACGUGGAAUCCUUACAUGUGCAAUGUAGGUUUACCCCCCCCCCCCUAAAUUCAAACCAUGGAGCACAAGUUUCAGGGAAAAUAGACACUAACAUUGAGAUUGUUAAGGCUCUUAAGCAAGUGGUUGCCACACCAAAGAUAGAAUAUAUGCACUUUGAUGGGAAUCCUAUCAAGUUCCCCUCAUUUAUGCACAAUUUUGAAACAUGUCUUGAAAGAAACAAUGACAGUGACGAAUCAAAGUUGCAACUAUUGAUUCGGCAUUGCCAUGGUAAGGCAAAGAAAGCCAUUGAAACCUGUGUCAAUUUGCCUGCAGAUGAAGACCCUGACUGAGAACUUUGGUAAGCCGCAUAUAAUUGCUAGGGCCCACAUUAAGAAGUCAGUCAAUCUACCCAGUAUAAAGAAAGCUGAUGGUCCUUCAUUGCUUGAGUUUGCACGGCAUCUUGAGUCCACUAAUCGUACACUUAAGGGAAUGGGUUCAGAAUAUGUCAGUGACUUGGAUCAUGUGAACACCUUGAAGGAGUUAAAUAGAACACUUCCAAUGUUCAUGAAAGCAAGAUGGACUGAGGAAGCUGGAAAGAUAUAUGAGUGUAAUUCCACACCACGAUUUGAAGAUUUUCUUAAUUUUAUCAAGAAGCUACAUUGAUGAACAAUGAAUUUGGAGAUGACCUCACCUCUAGUGAUAGUAAGGACAGGGCUAAGGAGAAAUGGAGAAAUAAUGAGAAAGGUGGGCGCUUUAACAAAGAGAACAUUGCGUUAAUGGUAGGAAUGAAAAGGGAUGAGAAUGGGAAGUUGAAUUCGAGUGUUUCACGAAGAAAUUGCUCCAUGUGUUCUGGCCCGCAUGGAAUAUGGCAAUGCGAAAAAUUUCGAUUACUUUCAUUGACGGAACGCAAGAAGGUUGUCACAGAGAAGUCACUCUGUUUUAAGUGCCUCGCAGUUGGUCAUUAUGCUCGGAUGUGUCUAAAGAAACACUUUCGAUGCCAAUCCACUGGUUGUGGAAAGGAACACCAUACAUUGUUACAUCCAGUUGAUGUGAUGGAAGCAGAACAGAAAGAAAAGGUCAUACCACAAAGGUCAGGAGGAGCUGGGCAACAACCAUCCAAUGGUGAAAUUAGCGGUGAAAAUAAG